AUCCCGUCUUCUCCGAAGCGGACGAGAUUGGAGGAGGAACGAUUUUCAGACAUGAAGCUUCAACAACGUCUACCUCUUCCUCUUCCUGUCUCAUGCGGCUUUCGCUCUUCCGCCCAUCUUCCUCACACCCUUCAGGGGAUUGCUGAAGCCAAACUGGGUUGCGAAGAAUUUGUUGCGAAACUCCUUGACCGGAGGUGGACAUUGCCCAGCCCGGAUACUAGAAUCCAGCAGAUAGUGUCGGCUCCUAAGCGAAUCGAAGAGGAGGAUGGGCUGUUGAAGGAUAAGUCCUGGUUUAACAUUCCGAAUCCAUUGUUGGGUGAUAAAAUCACAGACAAGAGCGGUCCGGACUCUUCUUUCUAUGUCAUCAGGGACGACUUGCUCCAUCCUCUAAUCAAUGGCAACAAAGCGAGGAAGCUGGAUGCAGUGCUUCCUCUUCUGGAGGAUCACUCGGUGACUGAUGUGGUGACAUGUGGAGGAUGUCAAAGUGCACAUGCAGCAGCUGUUGCUGUUUCAUGUGCAGAACGAGGACUAAGAUCACAUUUGCUUCUAAGAGGAGAGCAGCCUGAUAUUUUGACUGGAUAUAACCUGAUUUCAACAAUGUAUGGAAAUGUCAAAUAUGUGCCCAGGUCUGUUUAUGCCAAUAGAGAAGAAGCUCUAAAGACCUAUGCAAGUUCAGUGGCAGGUGGAAAUGGAUGCGUUCUUUCACUGUCUGAUAUUCUUGAGGCUCCUUUGACUGAGCAAAUUGUUAGCUCUUCCCAUCCUAUUUCAACUUCAAUGGAGGACCAGAGAAGUUUAGGAAACUUCUCAAGGAAGGUCGUAAUCAUGAAUGAAGGAGCAGGAGAUUCUAUAGCAUUAUUAGGCGUCAUUCGCUUGGUACAUCACUUAUCUCAAAGUCACUUGCUCGGAAAAGAGAAAGCCAUGAAAUUUGUUGUAGAUGCUGGUACAGGGACUACGGCUGUUGGUCUAGGACUUGGAGCCAUAUAUUUUGGGCUCCCCUGGAAAAUCACUGCUGUGAUGCUGGCCGAUACACUUGAUAACUACAGAGAAAGGGAGAGAAGGUUGAUCUCUGACUUCAAGAGGCAUUUCAGAUUUGAUCUUGAUCACACCUUACGUGAAAUUGACAGGGGAGCAGUGCACUGGGUGGAACGAUAUCAUCCAAGAAAAUUCGGCAAUGUAAUUAAAGGUGAAGUAGAAGUAUGCCAGGAGAUUACCCGGCAAACUGGUAUUCUCGUGGAUCCAGUUUAUACUUUGGCAGCUUGGGAGCUGGCAAGUUUGCUUAGCGAAAAGGAAGCAAGAGGUGACGCUGAGGUUGUGAUGCUUCACACUGGUGGCACUCUCAGCAUGUUUGGACUAGCACAAAGAUAUAAGUCCUAUUUUCAGAUGCUGAAAGAUAGGUAGUUGAGCUGUUGAAUAGUAAAACAUGGGUUGUAAUUGUGCAAUUGUCCUCCCUAGUCUGGAAAUCAUUCUUCUCAUGGAAAGGUGAAAGCUUGAUGGCGAA